AUGAAGAGGCGUUCUAAAGACCAACUGACCAUCAGUGCUCUCUUUGAAGCUGCUAGAAAGAGAUCUCGAGGCGGGGACCCCACUCAAGAGAGUGUAGAUUCUGAGCGGGCAUCGUCGCAUUCCAUCAAUUUGGAACUGAACCCAAUGACAAGUGAAGCAUAUGAAACUGCAGACCUUAGUAUAGAAGUCACUGGAUCUGGUGGCAGCGGGGAUCAUGUAAGCGAUCGUGUUGAAGUGCUUGCAUUUGUCAAUGGGGAUGAACGUGAUCCUGCUGAAGCCUGCAGAGCGAUUAGAAACGAUGUUGGAGAACUGGUAGAUCCAAACAAACUGCAGGAUGAUACAAAGCUCUCCUUGCUGUUGGGUCAUUUUGUUCCAGACAGCCACUUUCCGUUUCCUCCUCGGCAAGAGAAGAAGAGUGGGCGAGAUACCAAGCGCUAUUUUCAAUUACAAUGGCUUGAAAAGUAUAACUGGCUAGUUUAUUCUCCAAGCCAAAAUGGUGGAUAUUGUCUACCUUGUGCACUUUUCAGCACUGAUCAAUCAACAGGCCAGCUCUGCAAACAAGCAAUGGUAAAGUUCACCAAAGCGUCUGAGACCCUUAGAAAGCAUGACCAACAGGAAUGUCAUAAGGUCUGCUGUACCAGGGCCAGCCAUUUCAUUGCAACCAGGAGACAUGGUCAGGCAAAUAUUCUUCAGCUUGUCGUAGACCAAGGGAGUAAGCAAAAACAGGAAAAUAUAGCCAAGCUUUGUGCCUUGAUCAAGACUGUAGAGUUUUGUGGACGCCAGAACAUUUCUUUGCGUGGCCACAGAGAGAAAGGAUUUACUUGGGACCCCAACGAACAGUUAGCAUGUAAUCCUGGAAACUUUCUAGCUCUAUUGCGUUUUCGUGUGGACGCAGGUGAUGAACACUUGUUGAGGGACUUCCAUAUGUCUCAGUCUGCUCGAGGACUACGUGCGUCUUACCUGAGCCCAACAAUACAGAACGAGUUGAUUGAGUGCUGUGGGAAGGUUAUACAAGAAGACAUAUUGAGAGAUGUCAGAAAAGCACCAUUUUUCUCAGUGUGUGCAGACGAAUCUGCUGAUGCCAGCAACCAAGAACAGUUGCCCCUGGUUCUUCGUUUCGUCGAUGAGUCUGGACUCAUUUGUGAAGACUUUAGCUAA